AUGGCCGGGAUGGAAGCCCAGGAACCAACUCUGGAGGAAGCUGAUCAUAUGGUCCAAGGAUCAAAUACAGAUUCGGGAGAGCUGCAGUUCGAGUCGCCUCCACAGAACUCCUCCGAAGGCGAAGCCGAGGAGCCCGAGGAAGCUGAAGAGGCCAAGACCACCAAGGCUGAGGAGGCUGAGGAAGCUGAGGAAGCCAAGGUGGGCGAGGUCACAGUUGAGGUCCAGCCAUCCACUGAGGCCACCAUGGUAUCGGACGCUGGGCUCUCCAAGAGCAAUGAGGAGCAUUCGAGGGAGACAGGAUGCAGCUUGGAGCCGACAGAUUCACAGGAUUGCCAGCCUGAUCAGCAUCUCGAAGAUGAGCUCGAGCAAAAAGAGCCAGCCAAACUUCAGGAUCCAGGAAAGACACCGCCCAAGUUGAGAAGUUUCUUCCGGCGGCAUGCCCACACCGAGGAGCGAAGCAAUGCAAAAACAAGUCCACAGACCGAGACUGAGACGGCUACAAGUGGUGGCACUAUUUCAGAGGCUGCAGAUGCACCAAGUGACAAGUGCCAAGUGCCCGAUCAAAUACGGGUAGAUGUGGUACUGAAUGCUCAGCCCAUUGUCUUAACCACUCCGCCACCUCCACCACCGCCCUUGCCAGCCCAGCCAGCCCCAAUCGAAUCCCAUCCACCGGCCGAGCCUGCCGAGCCUGCCGAACCGGCUGAGCUGGCCGAGCCGGUGGAGCCGGUGGAGCCGGAAGGGGCCGUUGAAGCAGAUGAGGCCGUUGAAGCGGAGGCAGAAGUCGCUCCGGAGGCCGAAGAAGUGCAAAGCACUGUGGUGUUUGAGAAACCGAAAGGUGGAAAGAAUGCAAGGCACGCAAAGCAGAAUGAGACAGAUGGAGAUGACCAGGAGAAGGAGAAGCUUGAGAAGAAAGGUAAGAUGCCAGUGCAGGCCCACACUGAAGUACCAAGCGGGAAGAGUAGUACAAGAAGGACCAAGUCUGCUGGUCCCUUCUUGAAGGCUGACACGACGGAACAGGGAGAGCUGGUGAGGCGCGUGUGGCGUGCUUCAGCGGUGCCCAGGGCUCCCAAAUCCAAAGCCAUGCCGCCAGAGGGUGUGACCACUGUGCCGACAGCGGCACGAGGUUCUCCCUCACUACGUAUUGAGGAACCGAGGAGAUUAGCACGAGGAAAAAAUGGCCCUCGAUCUCUGUCACCAGAGGCAUCACGCCGUGCUUCUUCUGCAGGCACUCAAGGCCGCUUCAGACAAUCUGAGGUCAAGGAGGAGCCUCGCAUUUGGAAGGCAAAGAAGCCCCAACCUCGGCCUGGAAGAGCUAUUGAAAUGCUGCCGGAGGUGACCUGGAAGCCCCAAAAGGCACCAGAACGCAUUCGAGUGCACUGA